AUGAUCGCGGCCAAGGGGGCGGAAGAUGGAGCCUCAGACUCAAGUCACUACACGAUUGUCCGUAAAACGACAAAUCUUGACCGAAUGUUCUACACCUACCAUCGUCUCGGAAUCCAGUCCAACGUUCUAGUCGCAGCUCGCUACGCCUCGGCCCAACCAGGCAAGCAGCGCCUAAUCCUAUCCGAUGACGCAGUCUUCUCAGCUCUCCACGCCGUUGUUGUGAAAUACCCAGAGCUUGGCCUUGUCGGAGUCGUAGGGCCAGCCGCCCAGGGGGAUAAGCAUCUCUUGUCUCUCGCAACACUCAACGAGAUCAAUCUCGAGCGCUGCGUCGAGUUCGUCGAUGACGACACAGCCCAGGUCGACGCCAAAUUCCUGGAAACCCUCCACGGUAAAUGGCACUGGGCUGAUGGUACAGUCGAAGCCGGAGUACCCUGGUGGAAAAUCAUCGUCGUCGGACGCCGAGACGUCGUCUUCGUCUACCACCACCUCGUCUGUGACGGCGCUUUCGGGAUGACAUUCCACCGCGAGCUCCUGGAUGCCCUCAACGCAUCAGCCGUCUCCGAUACAGGCUCCGCGCCCACUCGAACCAUUAAGCUGGAUCCCGAAAGAGUACGACUCAGCAUGACGCUCGAAAACGCCAUUCAUAAGAAACCGGCGGUUCUCGGCGUCAUCUACAACCUCCUCGUCUUCCUCUUCUACCGGUUCUUCUACGCAAAGAAGCUCUUCUUCGUCAACUUCCCCAAGCCGAAGGAGCUGCUCAAGGACUCGAUGGCCGUUGCUGGACCCUCGGACCGCACCGUCACAAAGGUGACAACGUGUCGUAUUCCUCCUGACAAGAUGAAUGUCAUCAUCAAAGCGUGCCGCGCGCACGAUACAACCUUCACGCCUUUCUUGGCCGUUGUCGUCGCCGGCACCCUCGCGGCAGACUUUUAUCCCCACGCCGAGGUCGGGUUUACCCGGUACGCCGUUGAUAUGCGCGCCACGGGCUGCUUCGACACGGCUUCCCCGGACGAGGGUAAAUUGCUCAACCUGGCUGCAAGUCUUCCCGAGGCGGAGAGGUUGAAGAAGUACCGCCAGGCCUUUUCGGCAUCGUCAUCCGUGGGCGACAAGCAAAAGGGCCUCACCGCGACCGUCGAUUCCAAAGUCGCAUGGGAACUUAUUCGAGAUUACGGGAGGCGGAUGGUAGAAUCGCGAAGUGGCGGGGAUGAGUCUUACCUGUACAAGGCCUGGAUUAGCGGCAAUGCUCUCGGACCCAGCCUCGAGGAGUUUGCGGAGAAGCUGCCGUCGAUGGGGCUGUUCAUGCAGAACAGCUUUUCAGUCUCCAACGUUGGAUGCCUCAAGGCCGCACCUCCAUCCUUGGGCCUCGAAGAACCGGUGGUCAAGAUUGAGGAUGUACAGUUCUCGGCUGGCCCGGUACAAGGUGCCGUCGGCUAUCAUGGCAUUGUGUUCAAUGUGGCGGGAGUUACGAGUGGCGAUACUGUCAUCAACGUUUGCACUGAAGGGGGAAUGGCGCCCGAAGGAAUGGUUGAAGCCGUGUUGGAUGGUGUCAUGGCUAGAGUCAAUGCAUUGCUGCAAGAGGAGACCACUCCAAGUGAGGGCGGUAGCCGCAAGGGAUUUUGGCAUGCUUUUGGCUGA